AAAGGUGCUAUUUUGGAGAUUUGCCCUAAAAAAAAUCAUAAUUACUUUUUAUGUCUCGUCCCACCACAACCUCUUCUUCUCCUCCGCCGCCAACCACUAAUCCCAGAUCUCCUCAUCUGUCUUCUAUUCCUCCUUUUCCUCAAUUGUCUCCUCCCACACCUGUUAUUACCCCCUGGAUCCCCUAUUUGAUACCCUUCACCUUCGGUAUCAAAACUACGGCGGCGACGGAGGAGUCUCCUUGGAUUCCAUCUUCAUUGUCUCCUUCUUCGGAUGGAUUAUCAACAAAAGUGGUGGUUGGUAACUCCAUCGGAGGAGUCUCUUUUCCUGCGAUAGUGAUUGUGGUUUGUAUUAUUUGUAAGAAGAAACGAAAAAGCGACGAUAAGGUGUUUACUAUGCUCUCCCUUUCACAUCCUCCUGGUCCCAAAGCUGGAGGACUUUAUGAUGGACAUCAACAAAAUGGCGGCCACAAAACGCAAUACCGCCGUCAGAUCAUGUUCAGACGUCACCACCACCACGUAAGCAUCCAUCUCCACCACCGCCUUUCAUGAGCAGAAGCGGCGGCUCCAACUACUCAGAUUGUCUAGUACUUUCUCCACUCUUUCCAUGGCUUGUGCUACGCUUCUCCAAAGCACUUUCACAUAAGAGGAGCUAGCUAGAGCCACCAAUGGCUUAUCUGAGGCAAACUUGUUAGCACAAGGCAAGUUUGGUUACGUACACAAAGGUGUGUCCCCUAGUGAGAAAAAGUUGUUGUGAAAUAGUUGAAAGUUGGGAGUGGACCGAGUGGUCAGAGAUAAAGAGUUUCAUGCAGAGGUGGACGAAAAUUAGACAAAUUCUUGGGUCCAUUGUACAUUGUACAUAAUAUCCAUGUAACCUUUUUGAAAUGUGUCCAAUGUACAUAAUAUCCAUGUACACAUAUAUACAUUUUUAACAUUUGCAUUUUA